AUGACCACAACAGAAAUAACGAAUAAUAAUAGGACAAAUAAUGGAACAAACAAUAGAACAAAUUAUUUAAAAGAUAGUCCGAAAGUUUAUUUACAAGAAGCAAUCGAUCAAGGGAAGUUAAAAUAUAUAUCGUAUGACACGUUUAAUAAUAUCAAGAUCAUAAAUUCGGGGGUAUUUGGAAAAGUAUUUCGUGCAUAUUGGUCCAUUGGAGAGAAGAAUGUAACCUUAAAAAGUUUAGAAAAUGAAUAUGAAUCUGAUGAUCAAAAUUUUUAUCAGGAAUUAGUUAAAGAGUAUUCGAAUGAAGGAAAUUUAAGAGAUUUCUUAAUGAACCAAUUUUCUAAUCUUGAUUGGAUAAAAAAAAUCAACAUAUCCAAAGAAAUUGUUCGUGGUCUUCGAUGUUUACAUAGUCAAAAUAUAAUUCAUGGAAAUUUACAUCCAAGGAAUGUAUUAAUUCAUGAUGGAAAAAUAAAAAUAAGUGAUUUUGGAAUAUCCAAACCAUUAGAUAUAGUUUCAACUGAAUUUGAAAAUCAACGUCCAACAAUUCAACAAAUAUGUGAUUCUUUAGAUAAAAUAAAUUUAUUCGAUUCAUCAACUCAACAAUUAUCACAACUUCCACAACUAUCACACCUUUCACAAUUUUCACGAAUAUCACAAAUAUCACAAACAUCGCAACUAUCACAAUUAUCACAAUUAUCACAAUUAUCACAAUUGUCGCAACGUCGAAAACUUCAAAAACCAAAAGAUAAAGAUGCGAAACGUCAAAGGGCAGCUUAUCCUAUUUCUAAAAAGGUUGAAGUAGUAGAAUAUGCUAAAAAGUAUAGUAGAAAUGCAGCUUCUAGACGUUACGGUCUUGACGCUCCAAUGGUCGGUCGUUGGGUGAAAGCAAGUGAAAGAUGGAAAAAAGAUACAAAUAAAAAUGUAAUGAAACUUGGUUCAGGAAGAAAAGCUUUCUUUCCUAAAGCUGAAGAAAGAUUAUAUGAAUGGAUUAUCGAAAGACGUCAUAAUACUAAAUCAAUGACUUAUUCUAUGAUUAGAAAAAGAAUGUUAGAAAUUUUAAAAUUACCUGAAAUGGUUUCAGUAUAUCCAAAUGCUUAUCAAUUUAAAGCCAGAAGUCGUUGGUUAACAGCAUUUAUGAAAAGAAAGAAGAUUGCUUUAAGGAGAAGAAAUAAAUCCUCACAACAAUUAUCUGAACAACUUAGUGAAGCAUUCUAUAAAUUUCGUAGAGAUAUAUUUCAAUUAAGAUAUUGUCUUACUUUCGAAAUGUGUAAUAUAUUAAAUAUGUGUGAAACUCCUAUUUGGUUUGAUAUGCAAGGUAAUUUUGCUAUUAAUCCUAUUGGUGAAAAGAAUAUUAAUUUUACAAAUAAUGAUAAAAACGAUAAAAGAGAUAAAAGUAAUAAAAAUAAUUUUACAGUUAUUCUUACUUGUGCUGCAGAUGGAUCAAAAUAUCCACCUAUUUGUAUAUUCAAAGGAGGACAAUUGCCACGUGAUGAUAAUACACCUAAUGGAGUUUAUGUAUUGUUUCAGGAGGAUGAUCGGAUGAAUUAUUAUAUUAAUUAUUUAAGUCGAAUUAGAGAAUUAAAUCGUCAAUCAAAUAAUUCUGCUUUAAUGAUUUAUGAUCCUUUUAUAAUUCCUCCAGGAUUAAAAAGUGUUUGUCAACCACUUGACAAUAUUCUUAGUAAAUCAUUCAUUGAUAAUUUAAGAAAUGAAUGGUAUCAAUGGAUGAAAAUUGAUGAUAAUGAUAAUUAUACUUCCACUGGUCAUCGUUUAGCUAAAUUUAGUGAUGUUUGUAAUUGGGUUAAAAAUUCUUGGGAUAAAAUUCCUUCGGAUAUAAUUUUAUGUUCAUUUAAAAAAUGUGCUAUUUCUAAUAAUUUGGAUGGUUCCGAAGAUAUCAUGAUUUAUGAUGAUAUUAAUGAAAUUGUUAAUGAAUUACAAAAAGAAAAAGAAAUUGAAGAUUUGGUUAAUGGUGAUGAUGAAUAUGAAUUGUAA